UUUCGGUGAUCCCGACUGGACUGCAACGCCGAUUCGCCGACGCCGCCGCUGCAUUCAUCCGCAAAUAUCCAGAGAACUGUCUUGCGGAUGAUCAUGGACUCUACUCGGUGCUUGGCUGGGCCGUCCAUGAGUACGACGGGUAUAUGACCAAUGUGGAUGCAUUGCGCGUCCUGGACGUGGCUGUGUCGCAGGUGCAGACGGAAGAUCAGCAGCAAAAACACCGGGUCAAUGCUCAAUGGAUCCGGGAAUGGAUGCAGGACCGGCUCCAUCCCGAGGACAUUUUUGCCGCCUUUGUCUCACUGGUAAGUGACGGCGAGUGAAG